AUGAAGCACAUGAUUCCACCGUACUUCCAGUGUGGCAGAGAUUUGGUCCGCGGCGGGUUCCAGCCGCGCCUUCCGACUUCGCUGCCGCCCCCAGGGCAGCAGCAGCAGCCGUCGCCGCUACCACGCCGACAGCCCGUCCCGUUGAUGCCUCCCGCGCAGCUUCAUCCGGGAGCGCCCCAGGUGGUCCCUCCGGCGCCUGCGGUCCCUCUUCAGUCGCCACCGCCUUCGGAGCUGAUGGACGUCGACCCCUCAGCCGGGCCGCCGUCCCAAGCGGUGGCUGUGCAGCCUGUCCUGCAGCCGCUUUCCUUGGGCACCCCCAAGGAGUCUGACACCGCAGCGCCUUGUCCGGCGCCCACUCAGCAGCCGUCGACGCAGCGUCAGGAGACGCUGCCUCUCUUCGUGGGUCCCGACGCCCCGUCGCGUCCAAACACGGAUUAG